CGAGGCUUGCCUGGACCGCGGGGACCUCCAGGGUCACCUGGCAAGGAUGGCAUUGAUGGACAACCUGGGCCCCCAGGUCUGCCAGGACCACCAGGCCUCAAAGGAUCAAGAGGGAAGCUUGGGAAGAAAGGAGAAGCUGGUUUACCAGGCCUUCCUGGGGUAGAUGGUUUGACAGGUUUGGAUGGCCCGCCUGGACCAAUAGGAUCCCCAGGAGACCGAGGAAGUAUAGGAGCAGCGGGAUCUGUUGGGCCAGCGGGCAAAGGACCGGCAGGGCCACCGGGAUCUCCAGGUACCAGUGGUUUUCCAGGAGGAAGGGGACAAAAAGGCUCACCGGGACCUUCUGGACUUCCGGGGUUUCCUGGAUCACCUGGAGCUCCAGGACCACCCGGUCUCCCUGGAGCGUUUGACCAUACUAGAGAUCUUCAGUGUCCAUCGCUCUGUCCCCCGGGCCUUCCAGGACCACCGGGAAUACCAGGAUUCAAGGGGCACACCGGUGAGAAAGGAGAAGCAGGAGAAGUCGGCAAAGACGGGGAGAAGGGUUUGCGAGGGCCACCAGGCCCAGCAGGGCCUCCUGGUAACAUUGGAUUGCAGGGUCCCCGAGGAUUAAGUGGAGAAGUUGGGCCAAUCGGUCUUAUUGGCGACAGGGGAGAUGUUGGAUUCAGAGGGCAGCCUGGAAUGCCAGGGCCUCCAGGAAAAGCGGGGUCCCGUGGUGACAGAGGCCAUCAAGGUUUUCGAGGUCCAAAGGGCGAUUCGGGUCCACCAGGUCCAAUCGGAGCUGCUGGGAGCGCUGGGCCUCGCGGAGAACCUGGCCUACCUGGAAAAAAUGGGAGAGACGGAGCACCUGGACUCGAUGGUGAGAAGGGCACUGCUGGUCGUUCUGGUGCUCCUGGGGAGAAAGGCCCUCAUGGACUCCCUGGACUACCUGGGAGCGCAGGCACUAAAGGAGAAAAGGGCCAACCUGGAAGCCCUGGAGAAAUGGGAGAGUCUGGUCCUUCAGGAGAACCAGGUGUACCUGGAAAUCAAGGUGUCCCUGGGGAAAGAGGUGAACCUGGCCCAAGAGGAGCUCCUGGACAACCUGGUCUACAAGGACCUAUGGGAGCAGCAGGUGUAAGAGGUUUCCAGGGUCGUGCCGGACCGAGUGGGGAACCGGGCCGACCUGGUGCCACUGGGCUACGGGGUGAAUCCGGCGACCAGGGUCCUACUGGGGUUUCGGGACCCAAAGGUAACCAGGGCAUUGCUGGGAGACAUGGACUACCAGGAAGUAAAGGAGAACUGGGCACCUUUGGAUCUCCUGGACAGAAAGGGGAAGCCGGACAGAGAGGAGAGCCUGGGCCGAAAGGAGUCCCUGGCCCCAACGGAACUGCUGGACUCCCAGGAAUUCCAGGCCAUCCUGGCAAAAUGGGUUUACAAGGAGAGCAAGGAAUCCCUGGGACUGUGGGGAAACCAGGCCCUCCGGGAAAAGAAGCUAGUGAAGAACGCAUCCGAGAACUCUGCGAUGGAAUGAUCAGCGAGCAUGUUGCCCAGUUAGCUGCUAAUUUAAGGAAACCCUUGGCUCCUGGACUUAUGGGGAAGCCCGGGCCCGCUGGACCUCCGGGGCCUGCUGGGGCAAUAGGGAGCAUUGGACAUCCUGGGGCUCGUGGCCCACCUGGAUACAGGGGACCCCCCGGGCAUUUGGGAAUUCCUGGUCCCAGAGGGGACUCAGGCGAGAAGGGAGACAAGGGAGUCCCUGGCAAAGGCGUUGAUGGACCUGUUGGAGAUCAAGGACCGCAAGGACCACCAGGUGUUCCUGGAAUCAGGAAAGAUGGUCGGAAUGGUGCGCCCGGGGAUCCUGGGUUACCAGGGGACACUGGAAGACCAGGCUCAGCUGGAGCACAAGGAACUCCAGGACUCUGUGACACAUCUGCCUGUAUGGGAGCUGCUGCUAGCGGGAAAUUCAAGAAUCGUAAAGCUGCAUGAAGUUGAAUGAAAUGAGGAAAGGGAAGCAUGACAUUCAAUGGAAUUGUUACCAAAAGAGAAUAUUUGUAGCUCAA